AUGGAGGACAGGGGAAACGAAUCGGAGAGUGUGUCGAAUGCAAAUAAUGUCGUCACGUAUUGGAUCUCGGAUGAAGGGGUGAAAUUGAUGCCAUGGGCUUGCAUCUUCGGAUCUCUUUGGUGGUUCCGGGGUUGUAAUGCUCCCGAGUCCGAUGCAUGCGACGGUUCUUGCUGUCUUCAGAGACGUGGGGCGCCUCUGCGGCAGCGGGACAAGAGAGGUGGAGGACCCAAGGUGGAGGACCCCAAGGGUGGAGGACCCAAGGUGGAGGACCCCAAGGGUGGAGGGCCCCAAGGUGGAGGACCUUGGAAGAAAGGCGACGAAUGGUCGACCAUUCGUGCACCCACGACGGGUCACAGGUCAUCGUUUGUCCGGGAUCAUCGACGCCCGACGUGCCGAUCCUCUGUUUGGAGGAGUGAGAAGGCCCGAACGGCAGGACCGUGGUGGGCCGAGUCCGCUUUGGGCCCGCCUGGCCCGGCGGGAGCGUGGUCCAGGCGAGAAGGCGUGACGUGGAAGGAGGCAGACGAGAGGGGAAGCCCGGGAAGCCCCUCGCGGGGGUCAGUCCGUCUCGAGGUCUCGAGCGGGGAGCAUGCGGUUCGCUCGGGGUGGCCUGGGGACGGUCGACUGAGGAUGGCUUGGGUCGUGGUGGUGCUUCUCGUGGUCUCGAGCGAUUCCACGAUGAUGGGGCAGGAAAUGUCGAAAAGAAAAAAGACAGAUGGUGAGGCCGAGACCGAGAGCGGAAAGAUCUCAUAUCGCUCUGUGACUUCGUGUGCACUGAAGCUGGGUGGAGGGAGAGGAGAGGGAGAGUCCUUGGGCAGAGGGAGAAGACAGGAAGAUUCCUGGGAUGGAGGAGGACGCACCGGAGACGAGAUGCCGGAGUUGACGGGGCUGGAAGCGACCUGCGGGAAGACGGAGAUUAGGGUUCGGGUCUCCUUCAGCCGUCCCUUCGCGGGGAUCAUCUACUCCAAGGGAUUUUACUCCCAGCCUCGAUGCAACUACGUCCAGGCGGAAGCGGCUCCUGCGAAUCGAUUCACGUUCGUGAUCCCAUCGCAAGGGUGCGGGACGACGGGGCAAUGGGAAAAACUCCGCGAGUCCCAAGACGUAUUCGUCGAGAACACCAUCAUAAUCCAGAACGAUCCCCUCAUUCAAGAAGCGUGGGAUCAUGCGAGGACGAUUCGGUGCGUCUGGAAGCAUUCCAUCGUCAAGCAUCUCUCCGCCUCUCCGUUUCAAGUCUACAAUCCCCUCACGGUGCCGAUUACGUUCAACAAGUACUCGGUGAAUUCGGUGAUGGAGAUCCAGGAAGGGAAGGGCCCGUUCUCGAAGCCGGCGACGGGUUUCAUCCACGUGGGGGAUCAGACUUCGCUCGUCAUAUAUAUUCAAGACCCGAAAGGAGCGUUGGACGCUCGAGUGAAGAAUUGUCGUGCUGGAGACAGUGACUCCGGAACGAUGGAGUUGUUGGAUUCCCGAGGCUGCGUCACGAGACAGAAUCUUAUCACUCCCUUCUAUUCCACUCGAGAAACCCAAGGCACCCAGGCUGAUCUCAUUCUCUAUUCGCAUUUCAAGGCAUUUCGACUGCCAAGUUCCACACAAUUCUUCAUCACCUGCAAAUUAGAGGUGUGUUACGGGGAAUGCAUUCCCGCAGAUUGUGCCGGCGGGACCGCAAACCAAUUUGACGAAGUGCAAAAUUCCGUCUCUAAAAGAUCUUCUACCUCCAAGAGAAGACGACGAGACGUAGAGCAAGCAGACCCCUCCGCGGGGAAUCGAACAGCAGUGGUGGAGCUGUCCCGCGGGAUCACUGUCCUCCCCCGAGACGUGUCGGAGGAUUCCCGCGGUCCUCCCGCAGACUGUUUCCCCCGCCCUGUGUUCAUGUUGAGUGUGAGCCUCUUGGUGCUUGGAUCCCUGCUACUUCUUGCCUUCACCGCCUACCUCUAUGCCCUCAACAGGCGGCUUCGCGCCAAAUUGGGACUUUCUAUGAAUCGCAUUUGCUGAAUAGGAAAGCCUUCUUUCGCACAAAACAUCCCGGGGAGUGGAGUGACUGAGACGAAUGGAAGACUUUAAAGUUUUGUUUUUGUUUUCCCCCUUCCCUUGAAACCAAAAUGCCAGGGAAAGUGGAUCCCAGGAAAUAAUAAUCAUAAUAUAAAAGG